AUGCGAAGAGCACUGCUGGCUGGCGUGGUUCUUAAUAUAGCCUCGGUUGCUGCCCAAGACACAGAGGUCUCGUCGUGCAGCGCUCUCUCUUGCAUCAAUUCCGAAAACCAGGGCGUCUGUGCAUCGGGCAACUCUUUCCGCGCCGUUGGGGUGGGAAUGGCCUCUGAAGUCCUCGUUAUCUCGGGCGAAAAACUUUCCUUCACUCUUGUCGACGGCAGCCCAGAUGGCGUGCUUGCAUCCCAGGAAGGCUACCAAUUCUCCACCCAGACGCUCUAUGUCGGCGUGCCACCCAACCACAACUCAAGCAACGAAAGGGCCGUAUGUGCCCUGAUGUUGCAACAUCAGGCGCAGACAUUUGGACUGCCGGAGGACAGCGCGCGAAACACAACUUCUUGCCGCGCAGUAAUGCCCGAUAGCUGUCAGAACGAAAGGACCAGUUUAGUAGAGCGGUUCCAAUACACUGGAAGCGCUCAGAGCAACCAGACCGGAGGCACCUCGCUGCCACGAUGCAAGUCGCUGGCGCAAUUUCUCAACACCAACAUUAACCGCGAACUGUCCUUUUGCGGACGCUACACCGGCUUCAUCAACAUCACCGGAGGCCCAAUCUCCGGUGCGGACCUUUCUCCCAGUCCGGUUCGGCUCCAAAGCGAAGGCUGCCAGCCCGUCAUCCCCGAGAGCUACGAGCUCCGCAGAGUUGCUGAGAUGCGACAGAUUCUUCCCACAGGAGAGGUCAGCAGCCGAUCUUCGGGUGGCCGCUCAGGAGUGACUCCCAUAUUCACGGUUCUAUACGACGAGGAAGGUGGCAGCCCUAUCGUGCAAUUCACCUGCAUGAGGACGUUCAACUCCGAUGGCGAGGAAAUGCCGGAUGCUUUGAACACCGACGAGAGCGGCGCCGUCCCAAAAGAGCCUCGUGCCAUCGUCGGGAUUACUGCGUGUCUUCUCAGCUUCGCCUUCCUCCUUGCCUGA